GUACCGUGCAGUCGACUGUCUUCGAAUAGGAAUUGGAAUUGCCGUCAAUUCCUGUUUCGCGUUGUUGGUGGUUGCUUGCGCCUCGACAUAGUGCAUACGAACUUUGUUUUUGUGUUAGAAAAUAAUAUGCCUUUUAUUUCCAAAGACUGGCGAUCGCCAGGUGAAGAGUGGGUGAAAACUGAAGAAGGAUGGGAGAAGAAAAAAGUGCUAGAAUGCACAGCACCGAGAUAUGCCGCUAUAUCUAACUUUAAUAAAAUGGAAGAGAAGCAACAGAAAUGGAUGCAAGAAGGAGAGGAAGGUGAUAAGAGCACAUCAGACACUGUAGCGCGAAUACCUCCGCAUUGUCACAUCACUAUCAAAUGCACCAGAGAGAUCGCGGGCUUCAACGGUCUUUCGGAGGCGGUGCGACGGCUGGAUUUCUCAUCAGCGGUACGUGACGUGCGUCGCUUCAAUUACAUCUGUGCAUUACUCGAGCUGCUGCUGGGCGGACAGAGACUGACUCACUUGCCCGGUGCAGCGCAGAAACUGUUGCUCUCCAUGCUGGAGCAACUUGCUGACCAUGUGGCGACUUCAAAGCACAAUCCGGAGGCGCUGCGAGCGUUGGCUGCGGCGCUGGGCGGAGCGCGCGAGGCAGAGCGCCGCGCCUGCUGGGGCCGGCCGCUCGGCUCACGCGCGCUCUGGCGGCACCACGACCGCGCCAUCGCACGCAUCACGCGCAUCGCGCAGGACAUACGCAUACCUGAGCCGGGGCCUGAGGUGAUGCCCAAGCUGCACGACCUGCCCGAGGAAUGCAUCCGAGAAAUUAUGUUGCGGAUAUCCGACCACAGGGACUUAGAUGCGGCGUCGUCGGCGUGGAGCGUGAUGGCCUCUCUGUGCUCGGAGCGGCGCGUGUGGCGCGAGCUCGUGCUGUUCCACUUCACACAGCAGCAGCUCAGCACCGUGCUCGCCAAGGACGAGACAGACGUCGACUGGAAGAAGACCUUCCACCAGCUCAGAAAACUGUACGGUCUGCGCGAGGAGGCGCAGUUCGCGGAGACGCUGUCGCUGUGCCGCCACUGCAAGUGCCUGUUCUGGCGCUCGCUCGGACAUCCUUGUAUCGCCGACCAGUGUCCGGAGUACCGCGAACGUUUGAAGGAAGCCGGCGGCCCCCUCCCGCCUCACCCCGUGCCGCCCGCAGCCUUCCUUAAGUUCUUCUCGCUCUAAAUGAUAAGCCAAAAUGGUCUUUGUGUCUAUUGCGGUACGUCAUAAACUCGAUUAAAUCAUCCGCUUGAAUUUACUGUUCCAGAUCGUCCAAAAUGAUAUACAUAAUGGAUUCAAGUUGGUAUUAUUGAGUUGAAAGAAAAAGUACAGGCAGCUAAAAAAUUCGCCGAAUUGUUAAAAAAGAUAUUUUGACAGAAAGUUGUUGUCUUUGGUUUUUGCGGCAUUAGCUAAGAGGCUUUUUGCCAUGACGAGAAAAUAUAGACAAUUGUCUUUGCGAUUUUACUAUUAUGUUUAAUAAUUUAAAUGUAAUUUUCUUUGUUCCUUUUUAUGAUAUGCGGAGCUAUAUAAAAAUCUCAUCACAAUGAGUGUCUUGUAUAAAGUGACUUAAAUGUUUUUGUAUCGUAA